CAAUCUGUCUGCUUGCUGCCUCAUUCUCACUAAGUGACUCCACCUGUGUUGAUUAGUCAGCGAGCCUCAGCUGAUCUGUUGGGUUUGCUUGUCAGUGUGAACGCUUCAUGCUACCCACCGCAACAAUUGACAUUAGUAUAAGGACUAAUGUGCAGUCCAUGCAGUAUCAUAACUUAUCAUUGUAUGUGUUGAGUAAAGUGAAGUACAUGCAUAACAUUUCAUUGCCAAACUCUACUGGAGCACCAAAGGUGCUCUUUGAACCUCUGAACUCAAAGGCAGCAUGAUGAAUGUAAAUAUCUGAGCAAUGAAGCCAAAGCCCACCCAGAGGAGGGAACUACUUGGGGGUAUCUGCAGGUCAUAUAAAACUCACCCGCAGUAAGAGAGCAUUUAGUUAGUAGCCUGGUGAAAUACUGAGACAGUGAAAUACUGAGACAGAGCAACGAAGAGAAGGAGCAACAGAAAACAGCAAUGGCAUCUUUAGGGCUACAGAUUCUAGGUGUUGGACUGGCAGUGCUCGGGUGGAUUGGAAACAUACUGAUCUGCAUGCUGCCCCUGUGGAAGGUGUCUGCUUUCAUUGGGAACAACAUUGUGGUGGCUCAGACCAUCUGGGAAGGACUGUGGAUGACCUGCGUGGUGCAGAGCACGGGACAGAUGCAGUGCAAGGUCUACGACUCCCUGUUGGCCCUGCCUCCAGACCUCCAGGCAGCCCGGGCUAUGGUGGUCAUUGCCAUCCUGUUCUCUCUGUUUGGCUUGCUGCUCUCUGUGGUCGGAGGGAAAUGCACCACCUGCAUUGGGGACAAGGUAGCAAAAGCCAGAGUUGCCAUCUCUGCGGGUGUUUUCUUCAUCCUGAGUGGGGCUCUGUGUCUUGUGACUGUGUCUCUGCCUGCUAACACUAUCAUCAAGGACUUCUACAACCCCCUAGUUCCUGACUCCCAGAGGAGAGAGCUGGGUGCAUGUUUGUACGUGGGCUGGGGGGCAUCAGGACUACUGCUGAUCGGUGGUGCUCUUCUCUGCUGUCAGUGUCCAUCAGGAAGAGACCGCUAUAAUGGAACAAAAUACUCUGCGCCUAAAUCCACAACACCCGGGAAGGAAUUUGUCUGAGUUGCAUCACAUCAGAUGCAGUAGAUCUUGAAAACAUCUGACUCUACGUAUAAUUCAAACCUUUACAGUCCCAUUUGCUAACAGUAAACAGUUUGCUUUGUGACUAACUUUUUUGACUAACACUGUGUGCCUUUUGUUUCUGAAACAUACAAGCAGCUCUAAGGUAUGUGCCAUGUUAGGAUUACAUUAGAAUGAAUUUCUUUGUUUUUAUAUUAAUAUUUGGCUCAGACUCUCCUGAUGUUUCACAACAUAAGCAGUUCACGAUGACUCAUGUGUUGAUCAUGUGAGAUUUAGUUUUCAUUUUGUUUUUCAUUAAACAAUAAACUAACCUUUUUUUUGUCUUAUUAUACCUGAUCUGAUGGCACAUUGAAAUAUUCUGCAAGGAGUUCUUGCACGUUUUGCUUACUUCAGCUAAUAUGGUGAUUUAAGAUUUUACACAUAAAACACAUGCAAUUUAUUAAAACGAUGCAUUGUUAUAGAUUACAGUACCAAAAAAUUUGUCUAAUGAUCGAGGGUACUGCAUCCUGUACAGGCAAAUUUGUGAUAUUUGGCUCUAUAAAUAAAA